CCCCCGAGCGCGUCAGCCUCCCUCGCUGCGACCAAAGCCUUCCUCCGAGAUCGCGACUCGAAUGCCUCGCUCUCUUCCGCUGCCGCCGCCGCCGCGCUCCGCACUCAUGCCACCUCGCCCACCCCCGUCGGCGACACCAUCACCAAGCGGAUGGCGCGCAAGGGCUCCGUGUCCUCGCAGGGCAGCGGCAGCCAGCAGGCGCCCGGUCUGCGACGGAAUUCCAGCUCCGGCUCCAUGACCGAGCGCUCCUUUCGCGCCCCAUCGCCGAGCAGGAACAGCCCUGUACCACACACCGCACCGCCAGUCCCCGCCGUGCCAAAGGAGGUGCCGGCAGUCAGCGUGGUGCAUCGGCGCGCGUCGAGCUUAGAGCCGCCUUUUCGCGGGGGCUCGCCUGCUGGAAGGGGCGGCGGAAGGGGCGUCAGCUUAGACCGCGGAGUCGCGCCUACACCUGGCCGAGGACAGCCCCGGUUGACGAGCCUCUCAAAGGUCCCCGAGGAUGAACAAGACGACAGCCCGCGAUCUAUCAACUUUUCGCGCCCUAUAUCGCCCCCGAUGUCACCCUCAAGACCUGUCGCAUCAGCUCGAGGCGCAAAUAGUGGAUGGUUUGGCGCGCCGGUGGUAAAUACCGAGCUGUCCUUCAAGGGAGCCCCUAAAUCGCGCCCGAAGACAUCUGACGGAGUUUCCGGAUUUGACCUCCACAGUGCGCAGCAAGCAGUCCAGAACACUGCAGAUCGACCCGUGACGACCAAGAAGACCCGGGUGGCACAAGGUGUGGAAGGAGCACGGUUAGCAACUGGAGGCAUGCGGGCGAAGCCAUCAGGAUCAGCCGUUCAGUCCAGGCAGUCCCAUGCAACACCACCAGCUCAUGCCCAACGCCCGCGCACGGUUGAUCCGAACUCCCCUUUCGCCGUGUACGACCCUUCCACGCGAACUUUCAUUCAUAAGCAGACUGCGAUGGCCUUGCACAGAGCAAUGAGUGAAGAAGAACUGGCUAGUCCGCCCGAGGCGCAGCAUGUUGCCCCAGUAAGACACCAGGAUACGCCGCGAGAAAGGCACGUAGAGGAAAAGCCCGCCCAAACGCUGCAUGUGACUGAACGGUCCCCAAGCCCACCACGCCAGGCUAUACGAGAAGAGCCUGAAGAACUUGUGGCGGACAACACUGUAGAAGCCGAAGAGACUCCAAAGCGUCCUCCGACACCGCCUAUCUCCGAGCCGCGAUCCGUCGCUGCGCUAGCCAGGCGACCAUCCGAGGAAUUUGCCGAUGCCGACAUUAGACCUCCUAUCGACGCCAACACCAGUCGUAAGUUGGAGACAGCAGUGGUUGAAAAAGACGAGGAAGUGCCGCUGUCGCCGAAGUUUGCUUCCAAUCAGAACAGCCCAUAUCCGCUACUCGGGAAGGCGUCCUCUGCCCAGAGACAGGGCAGUGUUCGCUCAGAAAGAACACAAUCGCUCAGUCCCCCGCGCAAUGCCCAUUUUGCGCCUGUCGCAUUGGAGCUUCGGGAGGGAGUCAAGCAUCAGCCGCCGCCCCGUUCUAUCUCCCCAGCAAAGUCUGCAUUGAAGGCUUCUCCCUCAGUGUCUAGACGGAGCAAUUCACCCCUUGCGAGCGAUGGUCGGGUCCUUAGCAGAGGGGCGCCGAGCGAAGUCUCUGAUGCUGUGUCGGAGGAUGGAUCGAGGAAGAAGAAAAAGAAUGUGCGAGUGAGCUUUGACGAAGAAACGGUCGUUGCUGGUACAUCCGCCUAUGCCGAGGCUGAGACUCCUACAUCCCCCACGGGUCUUGCCGCGUCAAAAUGGAGCUCCGCGAGCGAAGAACAGAAUCUUGGCGACUUUAUGAAACCGCGCCCGGUUCUUCCUUCUUUCGGAAGCAUCCGCGACAAAAACAGACGACCAAGGGAAGGCGAGGUGCCGGAGAAGGUGACCGAAACUGUUUCUUCCUCCUUGUCGACUUCUAUCACAUCGACCUCGGAACCACUGGAACCCUCCAGUGACCAUGCUAUUGGCGGGAUCCUUGCGUAUGAUUUUGCGAACAAGCAGGCAACUCAACCAUCACCGCAAGAGCCGCUUCCACCGGAGGUCACAUCCGUGGAAGGCAGCGGCUAUGUCUCAGACUCUGACCAAAGCGAAGUCUCCGAUCACGAAGUCAUGCAGACGCCGAGCGAAUUCUCGCACAUACUGGAGCCGGCAAGGUUGACACCUGAGCCGGAGCCGAAGACGUUGACUACACCCGUCGAAAGCAAGCCUGCAGCCUCAGAAAUACCUGAGAUUGCUAUUCAACCAGCCAGCCCAAGCCCUGUGGAAAUACCCGAGCCUAAGUUCCAACCAUUCGUUCCCGGCGGCUGGGAAGAAGAGGAAGAAGAGCCGGAGCCAAAACCAGAACCAGGGCCUGAGCCCGAGCCCACGGUAACGAAAGAAAAGCCUGACGAGGAAUCUACUGAUGAUGACAGCAGCAUCUACAGUGACGCCUAUGAAGAUCUGUCAGAAUCAGAAGGAGGAGGUUUUGGUUCUAUCGAUGCGGUAGUCGAGAGCCCUAUAGUCAGCCGUCUUUCUGGCCUGAUGCACUCCAAGCAUGCCGACACGAGCCCGGUAGAGCCGCCGCCAUCAGCACUUCGAAAUGAAUAUGUCAAUGCCGAAACGGUCCAAGCUACCGAGCCUUCGGACGACUGGGACGCAGCACAGCAGCACUGGGGCAGAGUGACCGACUCAAGGAAGCAGCAAACAGAAGCCAGACCGCCUGUUGAAGUAUCUACACGAAAGGUACCCGUGGGCUCUCCGAUAGCGCCUACGAAGCUCAGCACAGAACGCCAAGCACCUGCUCCCGCUGUGACGAAAGCUCCCAAGCCGUCUCAACCAGCACCAUCAUCGCAAACCCCCGCCCAACCACGCAAAUCAGCUAUGAAAAAGACUGUGAAGGCGGCGCAAUCAUCGGCGGCAUCUGAGCCCCAUAUGAAGAAAGCUAUGAGAGGUAGCCCGUCCUCGGACGGCGCACCAUCUUCCGCCACUCGGAUGAAGAAGAGCCUACGUGAUACUGCUCCUGCGGCAGCUGCCCCUUCGACGGAGCCGCAUUUGCGAAAGACAAUGCGUACUGUUGACCUUGCUGGCGCGAGUAAAGCUUCAUCUGGAUUGGCUGCGUCCCGUCAUAGCAUGCCCCUAAUGGAAACUAAGCCACGAGGCGCUCUGCAAAAGAAGCAUAUACCUGCAGUUGUCGCUACCAGUGCAUCCAAGCCUCGACCUCAGAGCGCAUCGGGUCUCAUCCUCAGCAAGCCGAUCGCCCCUGCACAUACCUACGAUAGCGAUUCUGACGCCUCUGCCAGUAGCUUCCAGCGUCAACGGCCACGAGGUGCCCGAAAGGAGGGUGGUCGAUACACUAUGCGUGGCUCAAUGAGGUCAGGUCCUGCGCCAACAAUGAGACCGGCUCCGACAAUGCGGCCAAUCUCUCCUCCACAGGCCAUAUCACCCCCGCCAACUCUCCGAAAGUCUAUGCGUCCAUCUUCGCCGAUUGUUGAGCGUCCGACUAGCCCAGGGCUAAGCGCGUCCAAAUUCAGCAUCAGGUCGUUGUCUCCUGUGCGUAGAUUCAGACCCGUAAAGACAACAGCAGCGGAGGCGCCUCCUCAACCUUCUCAGGCGUCGCCUCCCAAGACGAAGGCGGCAAAUAUUCCUACAUUCGGCAAGAAACAAAAGUCUAAGGCUGCGCCAGCAGAGACUUCCAAACCACGCUUCACGAGCCGUUUUGGAGAUUCCAGCGACGAGGAAGAGCAGGACCGCCCGCGACGGUUCCAGAGCCGCUUCGCCGAUUCGGAUGACGAGAAUGAGGACUUCGAGUUGCCCUCCGGCCUGACUCCCGUUCGCGGUAUACCAAAGAAACCCGGCGAGGAAGACCGCGAGUCGACCGACCUAGAAGAUGAGGCCAGCGACACCGAGCCCACACCACCCUCAGAGGCGAACAACGUCGACAAGCGGAAAGCUGCGGUCCCGAAUGGAGCCACCAAUGGUCAAAGUUCAAACUUCGUUGCAGGAUCGCUACGCAAGAGCAAGCACGCUACGGAGCUGCCCACAGUUGAAGCGGGCAAGAAGGCCAAGACGAAACGAGGGUUCUUUGGUUUAGGCAAGAAGAAAGCUUCAGCUUCGUAUCUUGACGAGGCCGAAGCGGAUUCUCGCAAUGGUGCUGCUACUGAUAUACCAAUGCCACCGGAGCAUCAGAAUCGUGACCGCAAUCGGCCCUUGACGCCCAUUGGUGAAGACAAAGAUAUCGAGACCGGUGAGGCGCCGACCCGUUCUCCAAAACUUCAACGUCGGUCUGGUACCCCGCAAUGGGGCCGCUCUACUUCCGACUCCUGGCCGCUUCCUCAACCGCCAAAGAUUGGCGAGGAGCCGCGACCCCAGAGCUCCGAUGGCGUUUCGCACCGCAGAACUUCGCUUCGCCCGUUACUUACGAAGAGGUUUUCGUCCCAAUCAGAGGCCAGAACGGCCGUCGAUCCGAAGACCGGCAAAGAGGUCGUUAUCGGACGCACGGGCAAGAAGAAGAAGUUCCAAGGGCUGAGGCGUGUCUUUGGACUCAAUGAUUAA